CUGAGCGCCCGGAGGUCUCGGCUCUUCUGCUCCCACCUAUCUCCGCCGCAGCGGAGGCCUCCAUUUUCCCUUCGGCCCUGAGCGGAGGCGGCGAGAGUCUCGGAGCCCAGCGGCAAUAUUUAUUCUGAAGCUGUUUCUGCAGUGGAGUGGCUUCUGGCCAAGAGGAAUGUCGCCUUUUUGGGGAAGGAGGCAUCAUCUUGGCUAUGUAGUUCUCUGUGGAGCGGGGUGUGAGACGCCGGAGCCAUGUCUGAUUUUGUGGAGAGCGAGGCUGAGGAGUCGGAGGAGGAAUACAACGAUGAUGGGGAGGUUGUUCCAAGAGUAAACAAGAAGUUUGUAGAAGAGGAAGAUGAUGAGGAGGAGGAGGAGGAGAAUCUUGAUGAUCAAGAUGAGCAGGGGAACCUAAAGGGAUUCAUUAAUGAUGAUGAUGAUGAGGAAGAGGAGGAAGAGGAAGAGGCAAGCGACUCUGGCGAUUCGGAGGACGAUGUUGGCCACAAAAAGAGAAAACGCAGUAAGUUGUCUUUCGAUGACCGUCUGGAGGAUGACGAUUUUGACCUCAUUGAAGAGAACUUGGGUGUCAAAGUCAAAAGACAAAAAUUCAGGCGUGUGCGAAAAAUGUCAGAUGAUGAGGAUGAUGAAGAGGAGGAUUAUGGGAAGGAGGAACAUGAGAAGGAAGCCAUUGCUGAAGAAAUCUUCCAGGAUGGGGAAGGGGAAGAGGGAGGCGAGGCUGUCGAUGCUCCCAUAGCUCCUCCAGAAGAGGAGGAAGAGGACGAGGAAGAUGAAUCUGACAUUGACGACUUCAUUGUGGAUGAUGAUGGCCAACCUCUGAAGAAGCCAAAGUGGCGGAAGAAACUCCCUGGCUACACAGAUGCUGCUUUGCAAGAGGCUCAGGAGAUCUUCGGAGUGGACUUUGACUAUGAUGAAUUUGAGAAGUACAAUGAAUAUGAUGAGGAGCUGGAGGAGGAAUAUGAGUACGAGGAUGAGGAGGCCGAAGGGGAGAUCCGCGUCCGACCCAAAAAGACUGCCAAGAAGCGCGUCAGUCGACGUAGCAUCUUUGAGAUGUACGAGCCCAGUGAGCUGGAGAGCAGUCACCUGACAGACCAGGACAAUGAGAUCCGUGUGACCGACAUGCCAGAGAGGUUCCAGCUGCGCUCCAUCCCUGUGAAGAGUGCUGAAGAUGAUGAGUUGGAGGAAGAAGCUGACUGGAUCUACAGGAAUGCCUUUGCCACACCUACCAUCUCCCUGCAGGAAAGUUCUGAUUACUUGGAGCGGGGCCAGGCCAGUAGCAGCUUCAGCCGCAAGGGGCCCAGCACCAUACAGAAGAUUAAAGAAGCCCUGAACUUCCUGAGGAAUCAGCACUUCGAGGUCCCAUUCAUCGCCUUCUACCGAAAGGAGUACGUCGAGCCGGAGCUGCACAUCAAUGACCUCUGGAGGGUCUGGCAGUGGGAUGAGAAGUGGACCCAGCUAAAGAUCCGCAAGCAGAACCUGACCCGUCUGUUUGAGAAGAUGCAGGCCUAUCAGUAUGAGCAAAUCUCUGCUGAUCCAGACAAACCUUUGGCUGAUGGGAUAAGGGCGCUUGAUACCACUGACAUGGAGAGGCUGAAGGACGUGCAGUCCAUGGAUGAACUGAAGGACGUGUAUAACCAUUUCUUGCUGUACUACGGGCGAGACAUCCCUAAGAUGCAGAAUGCUGCCAAAGCCAGCCGAAAGAAGCACAAGCGAAUCCGGGAGGAUGGUGAAGAGGCGGAAGGUGAAGGAGAGGAUGCAGAAGAUGAAGAGCAGAAGGGGCCUGAGCUGAAGCAGGCAUCCCGCAGGGAUAUGUAUACCAUCUGUCAAACCGCUGGGCUGGACGGCCUGGCUAAGAAGUUUGGUCUGACGCCUGAGCAGUUUGGAGAGAAUCUUCGUGACAGUUACCAGCGUCAUGAGACUGAGCAGUUCCCAGCAGAGCCGCUGGAGCUGGCCAAGGAUUACGUGUGUAGUCAAUUCCCAACCCCUGAGGCUGUGCUGGAAGGAGCCCGCUACAUGGUGGCCUUGCAGAUAGCCCGGGAGCCGCUCGUCAGGCAGGUCUUGAGACAGACUUUCCAAGAGAGAGCCAAACUCAACAUUGCACCCACCAAGAAGGGUAAAAAGGAUGUGGAUGAAGCCCAUUAUGCGUAUUCCUGUAAGUACCUGAAGAACAAGCCCGUGAAGGAGCUGCGAGAUGACCAGUUUCUGAAAAUCUGCCUGGCUGAGGAGGAGGGGCUGCUGAGUAUUGACAUCAGUAUUGACAUGAAAGGUGUCGAGGGUUAUGGGAGUGACCAGACGUAUUUUGAGGAAAUCAAGCAGUUCUAUUACCGCGACGAGUUCAGCCACCAGGUGCAGGAGUGGAAUCGUCAGCGCACGAUGGCCAUCGAGCGUUCCCUUAACCAGUUCCUCUAUGUGCAGAUGGCUAAAGAACUGAAGAACAAGCUGCUGGUGGAGGCCAAAGAGUACGUCAUUAAGGCUUGCAGCCGAAAGCUGUACAACUGGCUAAAGGUGUUUCCCUACCGUCCAGACCAGCAGGUGGAGGAAGACGAUGAUUUCAUGGAUGAAAAUCAGGGGAAGGGAAUUCGGGUGCUGGGCAUUGCAUUCUCCUCCGCUAGAGACCACCCCGUGUUCUGUGCCCUGGUUAAUGGUGAGGGCGAGGUUACAGACUUCCUCCGGCUGCCACACUUCACCAAGAGACGGAAUGCCUGGCGGGAGGAGGAGCGGGACAAGAAGGCCCAGGAUAUCGAAACUCUGAAAAAAUUCCUUCUGAACAAGAAGCCUCAUGUGGUGACAAUUGCAGGAGAGAACAGAGAUGCCCAGAUGUUGAUGGAGGACGUCAAGCGGAUUGUGCAUGAACUGGAUCAGGGGCAGCAGCUGUCUUCCAUUGGGGUGGAGCUAGUGGACAAUGAGCUGGCCAUUCUCUACAUGAACAGCAGGAAGUCAGAGAAUGAGUUCCGGGAUUACCCCCCUGUGCUGCGCCAAGCCGUCUCCCUGGCUCGCCGUAUUCAGGACCCCCUGAUAGAGUUUGCUCAGGUCUGCAGCUCUGAUGAGGAUAUCCUGUGUCUGAAGCUUCACCCUCUGCAGGAACACGUGGUGAAGGAGGAGCUGCUGAAUGCCCUCUACUGCGAGUUCAUAAACCGUGUGAAUGAGGUGGGAGUGGACGUCAAUCGGGCAAUUGCUCACCCUUACAGCCAGGCCCUGCUACAGUAUGUUUGUGGUCUAGGGCCACGCAAAGGGACUCACCUGCUCAAGAUCCUGAAACAAAACAACACAAGGCUGGAGAACCGGACACAGCUAGUCACUAUGUGUCACAUGGGACCCAAAGUCUUCAUCAAUUGUGCUGGUUUCAUCAAAAUUGACACAGCAUCACUGGGUGACAGCACGGAUUCCUACAUUGAGGUCCUAGAUGGGUCCAGAGUCCACCCUGAAACCUAUGAAUGGGCAAGAAAAAUGGCAGUGGAUGCCCUAGAGUACGACGAAUCGGCAGAGGAUGCCAAUCCAGCUGGAGCUCUAGAGGAGAUCCUGGAAAACCCAGAGCGUCUGAAAGACCUGGAUCUUGAUGCCUUUGCUGAAGAGCUGGAGAGACAGGGUUACGGUGACAAACACAUCACUCUGUAUGACAUCCGAGCUGAGCUGAGCUGCAGAUACAAGGAUCUGAGAACCCCGUACCGUUCUCCUAACACAGAGGAGGUCUUCAAUAUGCUGACCAAAGAAACACCAGAGACUUUCUACAUAGGCAAAAUGAUUACCUGCAACGUGACUGGAAUAGCCCAUAGGAGGCCCCAGGGCGAAAGCUACGAUCAGGCCAUACGGAAUGACGAGACUGGCCUCUGGCAGUGUCCGUUCUGUCAGCAGGAUAACUUCCCAGAGCUCAGCGAGGUUUGGAAUCACUUUGACAGUGGCUCCUGCCCUGGCCAGGCUAUUGGGGUGAAGACACGGCUGGACAAUGGGGUCACUGGCUUUAUACCAACCAAGUUUCUCAGUGACAAGGUGGUUAAGCGGCCAGAAGAAAGGGUGAAGGUGGGAAUGACUGUUCACUGUAGGAUCAUGAAGAUAGACAUUGAGAAGUUCAGUGCAGACCUGACCUGCAGGACGUCAGACCUGAUGGAUAAGAACAAUGAAUGGAAGCUGCCCAAAGACACUUACUAUGACUUUGAUGCUGAGGCAGCAGAUCACAAACAGGAAGAAGACUACAAGAGGAAGCAGCAGCGGACAACAUACAUCAAGAGGGUGAUCGCUCACCCGUCAUUCCAUAACAUCAGCUUCAAGCAAGCUGAGAAGAUGAUGGAGACCAUGGACCAAGGCGAUGUGAUCAUCCGGCCAAGCAGCAAGGGGGAGAACCACCUGACUGUCACCUGGAAGGUGAACGAUGGGAUUUACCAACAUGUGGAUGUCCGAGAGGAGGGAAAGGAGAACGCCUUCAGUUUGGGCUCCACCCUUUGGAUUAACACAGAGGAAUUUGAGGACCUGGAUGAAAUCGUCGCACGCUAUGUCCAGCCAAUGGCAUCUUUUGCUAGAGACCUGCUAAGUCACAAAUACUACCAAGACUGCAGUGGUGGAGACAGGAAGAAACUGGAAGAACUUCUAAUAAAGACCAAAAAGGAGAAGCCGACCUUUAUUCCUUACUUUAUCUGUGCCUGUAAAGAGCUACCUGGCAAAUUCCUUCUGGGAUACCAGCCUCGAGGGAAACCGAGGAUAGAGUAUGUGACGGUAACACCAGAGGGAUUCCGGUACCGGGGACAGAUCUUCCCUACGGUGAAUGGGCUCUUCCGGUGGUUUAAGGAUCAUUAUCAGGACCCAGUGCCAGGUAUCACCCCCAGCAGCAGCAGCAGGACCCGGACCCCAGCCUCCAUCAAUGCUACUCCUGCUAACAUUAACCUAGCGGAUCUGACCCGAGCCGUGAACGCGCUGCCUCAGAACAUGACCUCGCAGAUGUUCAGUGCCAUCGCAGCGGUGACAGGCCAAGGGCAGAACCCCAAUGCCACUCCUGCACAGUGGGCAUCUAGCCAGUAUGGCUAUGGAGGCAGCGGAGGUGGCAGCAGCGCAUAUCAUGUCUUCACAACUCCAGCACAGCAGCCAGUGGCCACCCCUCUGAUGACCCCCAGCUACUCCUACACAACCCCCAGCCAGCCAAUUACAACACCUCAGUAUCAUCAGCUCCAGGCCAGUACUACUCCCCAGUCCACCCAGUCGCAGCCAUCAUCCAGUUCCAGGCAGAGGCAGCAGCCGAAGUCCAACAGCCACGCUGCAAUCGACUGGGGGAAAAUGGCUGAGCAGUGGCUCCAGGAGAAGGAGGCUGAGCGGAGGAAACAGAAGCAGAGGCUGACCCCUCGUCCAUCUCCCAGCCCCAUGAUCGAGAGCACGCCCAUGUCCAUUGCUGGGGACGCCACACCGCUUUUGGAUGAAAUGGAUCGAUAGGCCUUGCUGGACCUGACCCUUAACCUUUGUUCUUUCUCUGGGGAGGGGAAGGGGAGACAGAACAGCUGAGAACAAGUUUCCUUCCCUUCUCCUAUUUUAUACUUCAUAAAACGAUGUGAAACGACACUUGGUGUAUCCACCCAUAUGAGCUAAUAUACCUGGCAGGGCUGGCAUCUAUACACACACACAUCAUAGGAAGGGAUGCUGCAGGCGCCUCUGCACACUAAACCUUGGUUCACCGUGUGGGAAGCUCAGCAGAACUGUUAUAAAGGUCAAUCGAGACCCUUUAUAAAUGAGCAGCGACCUGCUUUCACAGCCAAAGACUAGAAGGCAAACCUAGCUGGAAAUGCCAGCUCUUGGCCUAGAGCAAAGUUUUAUUUUGAUCGUCUUGUAUUCUGACCGUUGCCCGUCCCCGUUCCGACCCACGGAACGAAAUCACGUGAGGGCUCGGACAACUCAGCCCAGAUCCUCUGACGUUUCUGCUACUGUAUGCUUGGUGCUCCUUGUGUAGGGGGCUCUGCAAAACUCCACCAGCUGCCUCAGCUGUAUUUGCAAGGCUGUGCUAGCAGAGCAGCUCUGGGCUAGGGCUCUUGCCAGAGAGAGCAGCAGCUGGUCCACAGGCUCAUCCUCUCCUGACUUCAUUUGGGACGAUAUUUAUUCAGUUGUUUUUUAACUCAGACUGCAAAGCAAAACCCUGGGUAACAGCAGCUUUUCCAAGAGUUAGCAGGAGCUAAGACACUGCAAGGGCAGCCACUCCUGUGGUGAGGAAAAUGCAAAUCAGCCUGAAGUGCAUGUCCUCUGUCAUACUGCUUAGCUCUGUCCACAUGUAACUGAAAAGGGGGAAUAAAUAGUGUUUCUAUUGAACACUAGUCUGGAGGUGUUCUCUUCUCAUCCUGUAUUGCCUGCCCACUCCUCUCUACCAUCGGUUUGCUGUAGACACAGAGUACAGUAGUAAACCAGGAAAUCCCCCUCAUGAGUUGCCCGAGUUGCCCAAGUUGCCUGCUAUGUGCUGGUGGGUUGAUGCUGAAGAAUAUUUUGGGGUGAAUGUGUUGUGUGGGGUUCUUAGCCCAGCGUGUCAAGGCGACACCCCUGGCGCGGCGCUGCCCUCCCCUCUGUCCUGGCAGGAGCCAGGGAGGAGGCUGAUAGAAUGCAGGCACUAUCUGGCCUGAGUCAGAAGCAGCCCUGCCAGCGCUGAGGGCUCUGUGUUUCAUACACUUCCCUGUAUUUCUCCACCUGCCUUCUCCAGGAGGAUUUUGCCUGGAAGCAGGAUUUUUGUUGCUUGAUCUGCUCCUGUUUGGCUCUAACGUCACAACCCACUGCUUGAGGUCCCAGAGGGCUUUGCCCUCAGCUGGGAAAGGAGCAGAGAGCUCAGGAAACAAAGGUCCUGUUGCAUGCAAAUACCCUUGAAUAGCAAGAGCUGCAGCAGACAGGAAAGUGAAGCUGUUCUCCCCAGGACUGCAGGACCUGGCUUCCCUACAGCUCCCCAGGGGGCUGGCCUGGCUGCAUCCCUCUCCUUACCAGGCAGGCGGGCUCUGCUCGGUGGUAGAUUAAUAAGCAUACUAACCUUGCGCUGUUUGUUUGUUUUGUUCAGUUCUGUAUGACAGGAAGUUGACUAUGGAGUAGCUCUCUGUGAGGGAACCUGCCAGAGAGUCAUGGCGCUUUGUCUGGAUGCUCCUUAUGGCUGUCUUUGGUUUUAGUUUUUUCCCUUUCCAUCAAUAAAAUUCUACUUUUGGGA